GUAGAAACUGGGAGGAGGACUGACAGGUUCUCUCUUUCUACUUUUUCCUCCACAGUGACAUUCAUCAGUGCCUGUAGCUCAAACUGAAAGGUGGGACCAGUGUCCAAUGAUGCAUUCAUCAUUGUGGACUCUCUGUACAAUGUUGCUGCUGAACCUUGUGAAGGCUGCAGAGGAGGAGGACGUCCGAGCAGGCUGCAGCACAGCGGUAAAUGACCUGGUCUACAUCACUGAUGGCUCCUGGAGUGUUGGCCUAACAGACUUUGAGAUGUCCAAGCACUGGCUUAUCAAUAUCAGCAGUGGAUUUGACAUCAGUUCCCAGUACACACAGGUGGCUGUGAUCCAGUACAGUGACACACCUCGCCUUGAGAUCCCUCUAGGAAAACACGAGAUUGCAGCUGAGCUCAUUAAAGACAUAGAGAACAUUGCUUACCUGGGAGGAAACACACAGACAGGUAGGGCCAUUAAAUUUGCUGUGGAUCACGUCUUCUCCUCCUCUCCUCGAACCAACCAAGUGAAGAACCGCAUUGCUGUGGUGGUGACUGAUGGAAAGUCUCAGGAUGAUGUGGUGGAUGCCAGCAUGGAGGCACGAGCUCAAGGCAUCACAAUGUUUGCUGUUGGUGUUGGCAGUGAGAUCACUACCUCAGAACUUGUGUCCAUUGCAAACAAGCCAUCUUCCACCUACGUCCUGUAUGCAGAGGAUUAUACCACCAUUGGUCGUAUCCGAGAUGCCAUGGAGCAGAAGCUGUGUGAAGAGUCUGUGUGUCCAACCCGAAUCCCAGUGGCAUCUCGUGAUGAAAAGGGCUUUGAACUGAUGGUGGGUCUGAACAUCCAAAAGAAAGCCCAGAAAAUCUCUGGCUCUCUGCUGUCUGAGACGGCCUACACCCUCAGUGCUCCCACAGACAUCACUGAGAAAACCAGGGAUAUCUUCCCUGAAGGCUUCCCACCCUCGUAUGUGUUUGUAGCCACCCUGCGUCUGAAGGGGGCCUCCAAGAUAGGGACGUUUGACCUUUGGAGGGUGCUGUCUAAGGACGGGGAGAUCCAGGCUGCAGUGACGCUGAGUGGGAAGGACAAGACUGUCACCUUCACCACCACCAGCACAACAGACAAACAGCAGAGUGCCGUCUUUAGAGUGGGCUUUCAGACUUUGUAUGAUGGAAAAUGGCAUCAACUCAAGCUGCUGGUGAGGCCGCGCCAAAUCACCAGUUUCCUUGAUGAUGAAGUGAUCCAGAAAGUCCAAGUGGAACAGGUGGAGCCCAUUUACAUCAAUGGCAAGACACAGGUGGCAAAGAGGCAAGGAACAGACCUCACUGUGCCGGUGGACCUUCAGAAGCUGCGUCUGUACUGUGAUCCUUACCAGAGUGAGCGAGAAACAGCCUGUGAGAUUUAUUCUGUGGAUGAUGAGAGGUGUCCUCUGAAUCGAACAGCCACAGAGGAGGAAGACGACUGCCAAUGUGCUAUUGGACCAACGGGGCUGCGUGGCCCCCCAGGACGCAUGGGUUUCCCAGGUGAGAAAGGGAGGACAGGACCACCAGGACCUGAUGGUAAGCCUGGUAAAGAUGGAAAACCUGGGGACUCUGGCCCACCUGGAUUACCAGGGGAAAAGGGUGAGAGUGGCCCAGCAGGACCAAGAGGAGAGUCUGGUCCAAAAGGUGACCACGGACUCAGAGGGGAGCCAGGUUUUCAAGGACAACCAGGAGCACCAGGACACAUGGGUCUUCCUGGUGGGAAAGGGGAACCAGGGCCUCCAGGAGCAGUUGGAUCAAAGGGGCAACCAGGAAUGCCAGGUCUCCGUGGACUGGCUGGGUCAACAGGAUCAAAGGGAGAAAAGGGUGAUCCUGGGCCAGCUGGUGCUGGUGGACCUCCAGGCGCCCCAGGUGACCGGGGACAUCCUGGUACAGCAGGCUCAAAGGGACCUCAGGGAGAGCAGGGGUUACCAGGACAACAAGGAUUACCUGGAACGAAGGGAACAAUGGGAAUCCAGGGGCCACAGGGACCGCCCGGAGAGAUUGGCAGCAUUGGUCCCAAGGGGAGGUGUGGAGACCCCGGGUUCACUGGUCCUCCUGGUGUGUCAGGCAUAAAGGGCUCAAUGGGAGAGCCGGGAUUUCCAGGGCUGCCCGGUGCUCCAGGACUGCCAGGGUUCAAAGGUCAUAAAGGGGAGUUGGGAGACACAGGCCCUGAAGGAAAUCAGGGGAUGCCAGGCAGAGACGGAGCUCCUGGGACUCCCGGUGCACCAGGUGACGUGGGACCCAAGGGAAGGAAAGGAGAGAAAGGAGUUGUAGGAGACACCGGCAUCAAGGGUGUGGAAGGAAAAAAGGGGGACAUGGGCCACAUGGGGACUGUAGGUCCAAGAGGAUUUCCUGGGCAGGAUGGGGUACCUGGUCAACCAGGCCAACCAGGAUAUCCUGGGAAACCUGGCAAGCCUCCCUCAGAUGAACACCUUAUAAAGCUGUGUGCUGAUGUGCUGCGUGACCAGUUGCCAACAUUGCUCCAGACCCUUACCCCUCCGUCUCACUGUGAACCUUGCCAGAGCCUGAAGGGACCGCCAGGGCAACCAGGAAUACCAGGGUCCAAAGGCUCCAUGGGCCCUCCAGGCUACCCUGGGAGAACUGGUUCUCAGGGUUACCCAGGACCCCCUGGAAUACAAGGCCGUCCAGGGCACAAAGGUGACAUUGGACCCAAAGGGAUCAAAGGCAGUAAAGGAGAAGGCCACCAUGGACCCCCAGGACCACCUGGACAACCAGGAAUUCAAGGCCCUCGUGGGUUUGAUGGAAUCGGACAUCCAGGCAGCCAAGGUAUGCCAGGAAAACCCGGACGUACAGGAGUUCCUGGUAAACGGGGCGGCCCAGGUCUUCCAGGAGUUUGUGAUGUUUUCACAUGCUAUCAGACCUACAACUUCAGGGAUGAUCAAUUCCAGAAAGGACCUCACAUCUGAUGAUACAGAAAUGUGGCAAAAGCUGCUAUGAACUGAAAAACUGAUGUGUUUCCAGGAAGCAGUGGUAUUAUAAACUCUGUUUACUGAGUUAGAGGUGACCAUUGCCUUCCCUCCCAUCAGAAUGUGUAACUAAGUUUCAAAGUUCUCUACGGCAGAGAGCAACAUAACAUCAUUAGAUGAGUUAAAGUGAAAUGGACAUGACAGGAUCUCAGGUCAGCUGGUUCUAUCUUCCUGACCUGCAAACAUGACUACUUUAAACUACUUUAAAAAUGCAAAGUUUGCAGAGCAGGUCCUGAAAAUGCAGAGGUAUCUAACAAACAAGUAAAAUUCUAAAUAAAAACAUAAAGACAUGCUACCUCCUAUCUUACUGAGAACAGUCUAAGUACAAAAUUACUGAAAGUUUCUUGAGCAAGACACGAUGUUAACAGGCUAGCAUUAAUGACAUCUCAUCACCAUACACAUGCACAGAGACCAAGUAUUUAUUUUAUAAAUUUAAAACAGUAUUUUCAGUAUUGUCAGGCAAAUGCUACAAGUGCCUCCUUAUUGCAGCAUGCCCAGUAUCAAUAAUUUGUAAAUUAUAGCAUAUUCACAAUUUCUUGAAAAUUGCAGGAUUGUCUUUUGCUAACAAAAUCAUUGUGGCCGUGAGCAUGAUGACAUUAAUGGGUUUGACAGGCUGUCAUUUGAUCUCAAUUAGCUUGACCUGUAGCCAAAUCAUUGAUCUCUGGCUGCCUUUCAAAUGCAAUUCUGAAAUCCACCUGUAAGCCACAUUUCAUACAAAUCACGUGGACAAUCAAAAUCUUUGAACUUUACCUUUUCACAGGACCUUGAUGCCAAUGAUUGAUCUAUUAUAAAUGUGUCCUCUCCUGAGCAAUUCCAGAAACCACCUCUAAAUGUGAGCAAUUCGUGGAAAACCUAAAAUUUUGACCAAUGACCCCAAUGAUUGACUUUUAGUAUAUUUACUCUUGCCUGGGCACUUUUAGAACCCCUCUACAUUUGUGUGCCAAGUUUAGACAACAGAAGUGGGUGAUCACCAUUUUGACCUUUGACCCCAAUUACCCUGACCUUUAACAACACAAACCCCUUAAGGACAAUUCUGGGGUUGACUGUCAUAUGCAUUUCAAGUCUGGUAGGGGGUAUCAAAGGACCUGAAUUAGGGGAACAAAUAGAUAAAAUUUGCAUGUUACAGUAUGAUGUAAAAAGCUACAUAUGUUAAAAUAGCAUUUUAUUGCAAUUUUUGUUUACAUAUAAGUAAGUCCCUUCGGCUGCUCCCUUGUUGCCACUCAGUCUUACCACAGCAAAUCCAAGGUGGAUCUACAUGUUGAAUUAGCACGUUUUAUGCCAGAUACCCCCCCUGACACAACUCCAUAUUACAUGGAGUAAUGUGGCAUGGUUUUGGGUUAGAACCGGUAUCUUCCACAAUGAAACCAAAUGCACUAACCACUUGGCCGCCGUACCUCUGUGAUUUUUGUGUACAUAUAUACUCAACAAAAAUAUAAACGCAACACUUUUGGUUUUGCUCCCAUUUUGUAUGAGAUGAACUCAAAGAUCUAAAACUUU